AUGAAGGUUAACGCUGAAGACGUAGCAAAUGCUACAGAAGAAAUAGUUUCAUCCACUACUGAAAAUGUUACAGAAAAAUUGAACGAGGAGAAUAAUAAAUGCAACUGUCGUUGUGGGGAACGUAAUGAAGCAACACGUAUCGUUGGUGGCGUAGAGACAGCAGUGAACGAGUUCCCAUGGGUGGCGAGGCUAAAUUACUUUAACAAGUUCUAUUGCGCCGGAAUGCUUAUCAAUGAUAGAUACGUAUUGACUGCUGCUCAUUGCGUCAAAGGAUUGAUGUGGUUCAUGAUGAAGGUGACAUUGGGAGACCAUAACCGAUGCAACAAAACGCAAAGACCUGAGGUCCGUUACGUGGUUGACUUGGUGGCGCACAACUUUACCUACUUAACAUUCAGAGAUGAUAUAGCCGUUCUAAAGUUAAAUGACAGGGUCAAUAUAUCGAACACGAUUAAACCAGUUUGUUUACCGCAUGACGAUGCUCAUUUAUAUACGGGAGUUAAAGCCAUAGCAGUAGGUUGGGGUUCAGUUGGUGAACAAAUGAGUCAUUCCUGUAAUCUACUUGAUGUAGAACUACCAGUCCUUAGUAAUGAAGUAUGUAGAAACACUAAGUAUGACUCGUCCAUGAUAACGGACGGGAUGCUUUGCGCUGGUUACCCUGAACAAGGAAAGAAGGACACUUGUCAGGGAGACAGUGGUGGGCCUUUAACUGCCGAAAGAAGUGACAAGCGCUAUGAAGUACUGGGUUGUGGAAUGCUCCAAAACGAUGUGCCUGACAUGCCAUGGUUAGCAACCAUUAAUACAGGCAAAACUAUUAUACGAGGAACUUUGAUAUCUGACCGACAUGUGAUUACUGCUGCAUCUCCUUUAUUAAGGAAAUCACCAAUUGACGUCAUAGUAAAUUUGGGUGCCUUCGAAUUAUGCAAAGGCGAGAACGCUUUGAAUAUUAGUGUUGAAGCCAUUUCGAUACAUCCAGGUUAUUAUUCGACUGGCAAAUUUAAUGACUUAGCGUUACUGAAGCUAAGUAAUAACGUUAUGUUUAACAAACUUGUAUCACCUAUCUGUAUGCCUGUAUACGAUAAUGUGGGAGCAGAUCAAAUAGCUUGGACUUCAACAUGGAUGAGGAAUAAGACGGAAUAUUGUUUAAGUCAAAUAACGACGGUCCCUAUAAUUCCAUCUCGGUCUUGCGCUAGAAAUUCCGUAUAUCCGCCUGAGAUAAUAAUAUCUGAUAAGGGCUGCCUUGGACCCGCGCGGAGCAAAAGCAUCGUUUGUGAGGUGAAAGAACUUGCUUUAUUAUACCAUUUACAAGUGACUUUGUAUCCUAAGGAGGACAUUGGGAGUCCCGUUAUGACCCGUUGGUCCGCUGGCUCACCGUUUAGAUUAAUAGGAGUUGUCACUUUUGCAUCUUGUAAAGACGAAGUGUCUCCGUUAUUCACCAAAAUAGUUGAUAAUUUGAUGUGGAUUCAAGAGAACAUUCGAAACGAUUGUCAAUGUUUU